AUGUUAUACGACACCGGAGCGGCACAUUCGGUAAUUAGUGCUUUCACAUGGGUUAAAAUAGGCAAACCAAAACUUAAACCGACACCAAAUCUGAUUGCAUACACUAAUUUGGAAAUUAAGACCUUAGGAAUCGCGAAGGAACUAGUAACAGCAGAAAUCAACCGAUUGGUUGACCAAGACGUUUUAGAAUUGGUAGAUGUAAGGUCUACUCCUAUUGAAUGGGCUUCACCGGUAGUUGUUGCUGAUAAGUCGAACGGAAGCGUGAGAUUGUGCGGGGAUUUUCGCGUGACCAUAAAUCCUUAUGUACAGGUCGAUGAUUACUCGACAUUUGAAACAAUUACUGCAAAGUUAAGCGGCGGGCGUUAUUUUUCUACCAUAGAUUUCAAAGACGCAUAUUUUCAAUUAACGGUACAUCCUGAUUCGCGCAAUUAUUUAGUUAUUAUAACACAUAAAGGAUAUUAUAGAUAUAAACGAUUACCAUUUGGAGUAUCGUUUGCUCCAGCAUUAUUUCAACGAACGAUGGAUGCUAUUCUUUCGGGAAUAGAUGGCGUGGUAUGUUAUUUGGACGAUAUUUUAAUAUCCACCCCUGACUUAAAUCAACAUAGUCAACGCUUACACCAAGUUUUACAAAGACUUCAAAACGCUGGAAUUCGUACUCAGAAAUCGAAAUGUCAUUUAUUUAAAAAUAAUGUAACCUUCUUAGGGCAUCGAAUUGAUGAGAAGGGCCUACAUCCAACUCAAGAGAAACUAGAAGCUAUUAAACAAAUGGCUGCACCGACAAAUACGACAGAACUUCGAUCGUUUUUAGGAGCAAUUUCAUAUUAUAUGAACUUUUAA